GGGGUGGUGGCGGCUCUGCCGAUGUGGCCGUUGUGGGAGGCUUUUCUGGCCGCUUGGCCCCUCUUCAGUCACAGAGUGUUGAUGCGGCCCCCGCCGCCCCUUCGCCGGACUUACGUAAAGGGCAAAACAAACAAUUCGCCCGCGGCAAAGAUGGCGGACAUAGCAACAAAAGCCGAUACGGUGCUUCCAGCUGAGAUGCUCCUGGGAUUGGCUAGCCACACGUGUUGCAACUCCUUUCUCUCAAUCCCAUUGGCGAAAACCCGGAACGGGUUGUGCACUUCGCCCAAUCCGCUCUGCGAAGAAGGGACAGCCGCUUUUCCAUUGGCCCGCGCACCGUGACGAGUAGACCAAUAGGAAGGGGCAGUGAUUUGGCGCCCAGUUUGAGUGAGGGCGAGCCGAGUUUGCCGCUGUUCCGCCGCCGCUUGGUUGCCGCCGCCAUGUUUGUCUCCGACUGCCGUCGGGAGUUUUACGAUGUGAUUGUCAGCCAGCGGGUUCUACUUCUUGUUGCUUCAGAUGUUGAUGCAUUAUGUGCUUGUAAAAUACUCCAAGCUUUGUUUCAAUGUGAUCAUGUGCAGUAUACGCUCGUCCCAGUAUCUGGAUGGCAAGAACUUGAAACUGCCUUUCUUGAGCAUAAAGAUCAGUUCAAAUAUUUUGUUUUUAUUAAUUGCGGUGCCAACGUUGACCUUCUGGAGAUCUUGCAGCCUGAAGAGGAUGUUUCUUUUUUCGUAUGUGACAGCCACAGACCUAUCCAUGUAGUGAAUGUUUACAAUGACACACAGAUUAAGCUAUUAGUUAAACAAGAUGAUGAUCUUGAUGUUCCUGCUUAUGAUGAUAUCUUCAGAGAUGAAGAGGAUGAAGAAGGGGACUCGGAGAAUGAAAGUGAUGGGUCAGAACCUUCAGAAAAACGUAGACGUUUUCAAGAGGAUGUAAUAGAGAGAACAAUGAAAAGACGACAAAGGCGAGAAUGGGAGGCACGCAGAAGAGAAAUUCUUUUUGAUUAUGAGCAAUAUGAAUACCAUGGGACAUCAUCUGCGAUGGUCAUGUUUGAUCUGGCAUGGAUAAUGUCUAAAGAUUUGAAUGACAUGUUGUGGUGGGCUAUUGUUGGCCUGACAGAUCAAUGGGUCCAAGAUAAAAUCACUCAAAUGAAGUAUGUGACUGAUAUUGGAAUCCUACGGCGUCAUGUGUCUCGCCAUAACCACCGCAAUGAGGAUGAAGAAAAUUCUCUGUCAAUUGAUUGCAUGCGAAUAGCAUUUGAGUAUGAUCUGCGCCUGGCACUUUACCAGCACUGGUCUCUAUAUGAAAGUCUCUGUAACACUUCAUAUACCUCUGCGAGCCUUAAGCUUUGGUCUGUACAAGGGCAGAAGAGGCUCCAGGAGUUUUUGGCUGACAUGGGUUUGCCUUUGAAGCAAGUGAAACAGAAGUUUAAUUCCAUGGACAUGUCUUUGAAAGAAAAUCUUCGGGAAAUGAUUGAAGAAUCUGCAAACAAGUUUGGAAUGAAAGAUUUAAGAGUUCAGACCUUCAGCAUUCACUUUGGCUUUAAGAACAAGUUCUCAGCAAGUGAUAUAGUUUAUGCAACAGCUUCUCUCAUGGAGAAUAUAGAGAAAGAGGGCCACGAAACAACUAAUUUCAUUAAAGCUUUGGACAGUCUUUCCAGGGGUAACCUGGACAAACUGCACCAAGGACUGGACCUAGCCAAAAAGCAGUUACGUGCCAUUCAGCAGACGGUGGCCAGCUGUAUUUGCACCAACCUUGUAAUUUCUCAGGGGCCUUUUCUGUAUUGCUGUCUCAUGGAGGGCACACCAGAUGUGAAACUGUUUUCCAAACCAGUGUCUCUGUGCCUGCUUAGUAAAUACUUACUCAAGUCAUUUGUUUGCUCUACAAAAAACAAGCGUUGUAAAUUGCUGCCACUGGUAAUGGCUGCACCAAUGGAUGUUGAACAGGGAACUGUGAUCAUGGUGGGGAUUCCUCCAGAGACAGAGAGCUCUGACAAAAAGAACUUUUUUGGAAGAGCAUUUGAGAGAGCUGCGGACAGUACCAAUUCCAGGACUUUACAUAACCAUUUUGACAUGUCAAUAAUUGAAUUGAAAACAGAAGACCGGAGCAAAUUUCUGGAUGCACUCAUUUCUCUCUUGUCCUAAAGUGGUGUUUUCUGGCUUCUUGUGCUGGAAGCUGAGGAUCAGGUGCUCUGAAAUGAUUUUGGAUGUUCCAAAGUUCAUGGUGCUGCAAUGGUGAUGUAUUGUCUUGCUUUUUCUUAAAAUGUACCGUUACUGGCCUGGACCAUUGUUUUUAUGCCUCUUGGAAGGUUAAAAGGAUUUUAACCUUAGGGCACACAGACACUGAAUGCUGCUUGUUUGUAAAUAUCCCAUCCUUGUAACGGCAAAAGUUGUCAACCAGGAGUAUGUGCAAAUUGGACUUCUUUUUGUCAAACCUGCUUUUAUUAGUAGACAUGUUCCUGUGAUGAUUAGUUGUUGCCCAAUAACAAAAAAAAAAGGUUUGAAGAAGUUCCAUUUUUAUAUUAUAUUAUCAUUUAAAUAUUCUUUUUUAAUUGUCUUGAAUGCUUUUUUUUUUUUAAUAUAAGAAACUUGCUGAAAAUCUCCUUGAAGUUCUAGAAUGUUGAAACUUUUUUAGUACUAUCAGGUUGAGGUCUUGUACUUUAACUGAAACAGCUGUUUUGUGAGAUGGAUUUUAAACCCCCUAAAAAUCUUAAAACCUAAGUACUGAGUAACUGCCAAAUACAAAAUGAAAAAUCUGGGGAAUUUCGGUAUUGAUAAAGCAUUUUUCGUCAUGCAUUGUGAUACUGUAUUGUCACUUGUAGCUUGGCUUUGGGAAUAACUUUCCUGGAAAGAGUCUAAUCCUCAAUCCUGUUCCAUAACAGAUUUCAUGUCACUUUUGCCAUAGGAAAUUGUGUGGUUUGUUAAGCUUAAUUUUCUGUGCAUUGGGUGGCUAUGUAUAUGUGUACAUUUGGAAUUCUGUUCUUGCAAUGUUGCUUGAAUUCUCUGUGACUUCAAUCUUUUCAUGUACUAUAAUGAAUGCGUAAAGGUUAUGUAUCAUCACAACAUACUUUGUCCAGAAUUUUAAUAUAGGUUAAUUUAAUAUUAAAUGUGGUUUAAAUGUAGCAAACGUAAAGCUAAUUAAACUAUAUCUUUUUAUUCAAACAGAAGUUAUUUAUUUUUUAAAUAUUGUCAUUUUAUCUGAGUAAAAUCCCCGUGCCAAGCUACAACGGCCAAAAAAUUGUACCUUCUAAGAUAAAACAGAAUGCCAUCUUUUUGUUUUGCAUGUUUACUUGGUAGUAUUGACAAUAAAUGUAUUUCCCCCUUA